ACAGCUGCUGGCAGGCCACUAGUAUAUAUACUUUCCUCUUCGACCUUGAUCUUACCAAGUACUCCACUGUGUUUGACAGUUUUACCCUGAAAGAGCACCUCUAACUCCCAGGUUCAAGCGCCCGUCGCUCACAAGUCUGUUCCCAACCUUCAACGUGUAUAGUAAUUCUCGUCCAACCAACAAUGUCCAGUUUACCUCUUUCAGGUUCCAAGUUCACUCUCGAUGUCUCUGGAGUAGCAGGUCUUCUCGGUGGUGAUGAAGCUGUUUCCGCCAUGACAAUCGUACACGUGUUCCGAGGAAGAAAGUGGUUGGGAUGGUACAAUUCACCAGGAUCAUACAUUAUCGCCAAGAAGUAUCGCCAACUCGCCAACUCGCGUUUCUGGGAUGGUUUAUUACCAGGCAUCAACACAGACCCUGCCACGCUGGUUGAUCUGAAUGCUUCCAAGGGUCCAAAGUUCAAGGGUGUAGAAUCUGGAUCGAUCAUCCCCGAAACUAGUCACCUCGCUUCUUUGGUAGCAAAGGAAUGCCAAAUGGAGCGGGGCAUUGAUGUUCCAGGGAGAAAAACUCAACCAGUCGGGGCUACAAUCAUUGACCUCCACUACGUCCCGGAUGCAACCACGAUACCAAAGCAACCCGCGAGGUACGCCACCGCUCUCGCUUUCAUCCCUAUGUCAGUGUCUUUCGGCACCUGCAUUGCGUGCGCUCUCUUCGGAGACUGGUACGCCUUCAGUAUGAUCCUGCUCGGAAUAGUCGCAAACGGAAUAUCAUCUUUCGUCCUCGGAUCCGGGAAAUUCACUUUCUCUCAUCCCAUCCCAGCCCCGGGAGCGCCGCGAGGUGAUGGAUUACUCCUCGCGGAUAACAACAUCAUCGUCCUACUUGGCGAAGAGAGCGCUGUCAAUUCCAUUACUCGCGGAAAAUUCUCUCUCAAGUUCGACAGUGAAACAGAAUACAAAAACAUCAACAUGUGCUCGUUGAUCCUCACAGCGCAAUUCAUCGCCCAACUGUUGCUCAUCCCGCAGGCUGCGCUCUUUGGACAGGUCAUGUUCUUAGCCUCGCUCGCAGUCUCCUGGGCAUACAAUUCGUGGUUAUCAUCUUUGGAUAAGGCUGAGAUCCAGAGGAGGAUGCUACUGGAUGUAGUCCUCAAGCGGCCGAUGAUGACGAAAUACAUGUUGGGCACUCGCACUACCAUGGCCGUCUUCGUUCUUCUAGCGUUGAAUCCAUCAGAUCCUGCAAAGGUACUUGAUGAUAUCCUCCCAAACAAUACCAAAGUGUGGAGGAAAUGGAAAUCCAUCAUUGUGUCAAAGCUACAGGACGGCGAAAAGAUGCAUUUUCAACCAGGCCGAUUGGGAUGAUGUAAGUUUCGACGGGAGUGAGAGCACACUUCUGAAGACCCUCUUAGGAGAUGCCCACGCUGCCUAUGAUGGAUAUUCUGACUACCAGAGGUUGCGUUAGUUCCGUGAUGAAUCAACACUCGGCGAGUGUAUUUGACUUCCUCAUUUGUAAUACCCAUUGUGAAUAUUUAUGUUCUAUUUUUUAUUCUCUCUACCCAUGUAUCCUUCGUUCUGUGUCUCUUGCCUCUGCUUUUAGUCCGAUAUUUCGAGUGUCUCAACUAGUUUUUGACCAUGUAUAAGAUAUACCGCGAUACCUCUUGUAUGAAUCUCCUCUUGCAGAUGCAUUUCUUGCCACUAGUAUCCCGGAAGCUGGGUGACGUCAUAAACCAUUGCGGCUCCGCACGUUGGACUGCCCAGCUGGCUACGUAUGAUAUCCU